GAAAGAUAGAGAGAGAAUGGGGGAUUGGAGGGAGAUGACGAGGGAGUGCCUAGUCGACAUAAUGACGAGACUACCCCUGGAGGACCGGUGGAGGUGGUCGCCCCUCGUCUGCAGGUCCUGGCUGGCAGCGUCCCGCGAUCCUUCCCUCUGGCGCACCCUCGACCUCGAGCCUUGCUUCCUGUCCGGCGGUCCCGAGGAGCAGCCCCGCUGGUGGACCCCGGAAUUCGAAGCCGCAAUCGAUGCCAUGCUCCUCUCCGUCAUCCAGUGGAGCUCUGGCGGCCUCAAGGAGGUCCUUCUUCGCCACUGCUCUGACCGCUCCCUCCUCGUCCUCGUCGAACGAUCCCCAGAGCUACGAGCUCUUUCAAUUAAAAGCAGCCCAAAUGUUACUGACUUAUCCAUAUCUAAAAUGGCUGCCAGUUGCCCAAUGCUUGCAGAGCUGGACAUUAGUUUCUGUUACAAUGUUUCUCAUGAAUCAUUGAAGUUGAUUGGUCAUAACUGCCGAAAUUUGAAAGUUUUAAGAAGGAAUUUGUUGAAUUGGCUGGACCCUUCUCAGCACAGAGGAAUCAUUCCUGCUGAGUAUCUGAAUUCUGUCCCUCAGAAUGGGGAUGAGGAGGCUGCUGUUAUUGCAAAAUUCAUGCCUAAUCUUGUCCAUUUAGAUCUCCGUUUCUCCAAAUUAUCUCCUAAUGGACUAAAAUUGAUUGUGGAGGGAUGUACAAAAUUGGAGAUUUUGGACCUCUUUGGAUGUGCUAAUUUGACAAGCAGGGCAUUGCAAGAUGCUGCAGAAGGUUUGAAGAACUUGAAGGUGUUUACACGACCCAAUUUCUAUAUUCCCAGAUCAGUUUUCCAUACUGAGAGAUAUGGACAUUGGAGGCUGUAUGAUGAACGCUUUCAGACAAAUGUUUUCCAAAUCUGAAUCUCAUGAUCAGAGGUAUCAAUGUUGUAUAGUCAGUUGCAAUUCUGUUGAUAUAGCUUCCUGUAAAUUAUCGUAUUCUAUUCUGCAAUGCUAGACAAAGCAAUCUGUGGCUCCAUGUUCUCUUAGUAUCCAGUAUUUGGCAUA